GCACCCGGCGCAUCCUCUACCUAGAUCCGCCCCCCUGCCCUCAAAUCGCCAAUGGCGGGGCAAUCCGACCCGCACCUCUCCCUCUUCUCGCCCUCCGAGGUGGAGUUCGUGGCGGAGGACGAGAUCGUCGAGAUCGUCCCCAACAUCCGCAUGGAGGCCCUCAACAUGAUCUGCGGGGAUUUCGGACCCUUCUUCCCGCAAAUCGCAAGCAAGGUCCCACUGUGGCUUGCCGUGGCGCUCAAGAGGCGUGGCAAGUGCACCGUACGCGCACCCGAGUGGAUGACUGUUGACCGCUUAACGCAGGUGUUGGACGCAGAAAGAGAGUCACCUAGAGAAUUUCAGCCAUUACCAUUCCACUAUAUUGAAGUAUCCAAGCUUCUGUUUGACCAUGCUCGUGAUGACAUCUCGGAUGCAUACUUGGUGAGAUCUUUGAUUGAGGAUAUCAGAGAUGUCAGGUUCCAUAAGGUCGAGAGUGGAUUAGAAACAUUAUCUGGCCGUACUCAUGCUGUGAAGCUCAAAAAUCUCUCUGCAAUGGAGGUGAAUAUUGUCCGCCCUUUUAUGGUGAGAACUCUGCAGGCGUUCUACAAGCAUGAUAGCCCACAGAUGAUUCAGCAGGCAGAUAAUACAGGGAGCAGAUCAACACCAGUCACAGACCGCGGUCCAAGAAGAGACCUAAGGCGCAGGUAGGAGCAUACUUGUGCAGAGGGACCUCAGGCGCAGGUGAAGAGUGCGGGUGUACCUGUCACUUGUAUUUGCAGAUAGUUUUCUGCACAUAAGUUGAUUGUAGUGAAGAAAGUACCGGCGUUGUUGUGAUGUGAUGUAUGUUCCUACCUGAAAGCCAUUGUAGUUCCCUUAGUGUGGCUCUUCUGCUAUUGUGCUGGAUAGUAAUGGUACCGACUUAAUGUAUUAACCAUAAUGUUUUAGGAUUGUGCUACCUGACAUUACUUUGUUUUGAGGAAGCCAUUGUCCA